UGCGCGUGGAAACGCCCUCCCCGCUUGCUGCGCCAGCGCGAAGCGGCCAACGGAAGGGGGGCGCGCGCCCGGUCCAGCUGGGCAGCCCGCGAGCUGCCGGCCGCGACCCCCCAAGGCCCCACCCCUCGGGGCCCCAUCGAUCGGGACCCCCUCUUCGAACCCGCCGACGCAUCCGCGCGCGGGCGCCCCUGGCAGCGCCGCCGCCAGCAGGCCACCCACGGCAGUCGGCCGGCGCUGCAGCAGCUGCUGCAGGGGCCACCAGCGGCGGCGGCCAGAGCGCCCUGGCGGCGGGCCGCUGGGCUCGAAGGCCUGAGCUCGGCCCACGAGGCGGCCCGUGAGCUCGGCGAGCCCCCGAGGAGGGCCGCUCGGCGCAGCCCGCUCGAGGCCGGCGGCGGCGGCGGCCCCCGGCGCGGCCCCUCAGAGCUCGGCCGAGCGGGGCGCGGCGGCCAGGCCGGGGCCCGC